AAUUUAAAACAAUAUAUUUAAUAUUUUUCAUUUAAAUUGUACAUAAUUAUUUUUUAAAAUAUAACAUUUAUUUAUUUAUUUAUUUUUUCUUUUUUUAUUUUUUUUUUUUUAAAAAAGUAAAAGUUUGUUGUACACUAUUCUAUUUCUUUUUUUUGUUCAUUUUACAUAAUAUCAUUUUAUAAUGUAUUUUUAAAAUAAGCAGUAGAGUAAAAAAUAAUAUCCCAAAUAUCAAAAUUUUGUUUUUUUUAUUUUUCCAUAUAUAAUAAUUAAAAAAGCAAAAUUAGAACCUUUAAAAAAAAAAAAUUCUAUAAUAAAAAUAUUGUAUUUAACAAAUAAAUAUUUAUAAUAGAAAAAAAUGGAUUAUUAUAAAAUAGAAAGACAAGAUCAAAAAUCUAAAAUUUAUAAAUUAAUUUUACAUCCAAUACCAAGUAUAAUAAUAGCAUUUUUAUUUAUGGUUUUGGUAGUAAUAUGUCCAUUAAAACAAGAAACAAGUUCAUUGACAGUUAAUAAUUUGGUGUAUCUUUUAGUUUAUUUACCAGUUGUAUCAGUUUUUUGUUUUGCAGUAUUCUUCCCACUUUCAUAUACAUUUUUAAACUUACCAAGAGUUCCAUACAACUUAAAAUCAACAAUAUUAUUAUUCUUUGUAGCAUGGACAAUGUUUUUAUCGAUUGUUCAUUUGGUUUUCAUGUGGAUCGGUAUUUUUCCAAUUCCAUUCGAGUGGCUUAUCAUUUCAUUUGGAGUUGGUGUUCCAUUAAUUUAUUUGUUGGUUUGGUUCAGUAUUUCAAAGCAUAUCAAGGAUGGAAAAGAUACCAAUGAGUCAACAUUAGAAAGUGAACAAUUAAAUUUAACAACCAAUGUAAAUAUAAACAGCUAUACAUUUAACGAAGAUGACAAAAUUAGAAGAAUCGAAAGAGCAAGAUCAAAAUCAAUCAGCAAAAGUGCAGAUCAUCAUUUAUACGACGGAGCAAAUACAAUUCCACAACCAUUCAAUGAUGAAAAAGAUCAAGAACAAAAAAAUGAAAUUGAAUUAAAACAAUUUACAAAUAAUAUUAACGAUACAAAUAAUAUUAAAGAAAUGAAUAAAAAUAACAAUGUACAAAAAGAAAUAGUUAUCGAAAUUGAUCAACAAAAACAAGAAGAGGAUCAAAAACAAGAACAACACCAGGAACAACCUGAAAAUGUAUUUAAAUCAAAUGAUGAACCACAAUCACAACCAUUAUCACAAUCAUUAUCACAAUCAUUAUCAAUUUCACUACCAAGAUCAUUAAAUAAUAGAUCAUUAGACGAAACUUUAACACAUUCAUAUUAUUACGAUACCCAAUACCAGCAACCAUUACCACCACUUCCAACCACUACAAUUGUACAGCAGCAAAGAGUCAGUGAAAUAAAAUCUUCAAGUAACGAAAACCUAUCAAGCAACAACACGAGUUCAGGUAACAAUUGUAAUGGAAUGGAUGAAGAAAUCGAAAUUGGCAAAAGUUGCAGUAGUGUUACUGGAUCAAGAUCUUCAUGUGAAAGUCAUUUCGAUGCAUCAUUAGAUGAAACCACAUCAAGAAGUACUCCAAAUAAAUGCUCCUCUAUUGACGUUCAAAAAAUGGAUAAGGAUAUAUUGGCACCAGAUGAAUUUAUAUCGGCAACUACCCCAAGAUACUAUAACCAUGCUACCAAAAAACCAAUGUUUUCAAAAGGUUCAUUCUUUUAUAAAUGGUGGGUUGUUUCAUCUACAAUGGUACUUGGCCCAUUUGGUUAUGUUUUCUUUCAUCUCUUCCUUUUUGCUUUCUACAGUGUAUCUGAUAACUUUUUCCAAAUCUUGCUUAUUAUCUCUUUCCAAGCUGUUAUUUUAACCUACAAAUUAAUUUUCAGAUUAUCAUUCCACAGAAUGAGAAGUGUAUUACCAAACAUACCCCUCAGAGUGUUCCAAGAUGGCAGAGUUUUGUUUUUAUUUUGGUUAGAGCUUAGUUCACACUGUUUCUUCUCAAUGGUAUUCCCACAUGUCGGCUCUUGGUACAUGAUUUUAAUCUAUUUAACAUUAGAAGCAUUUACUCUAACCCUCCAAAUAUUGGUAGAUACCAAAACAUUCAGAAACUAUUGCAUUAGAAAAUGCGAAAUACUCUAUAAAAUUGUGUAUGGUAAAGUAUAUACUGGUACAAAACUAUAUUUAAUUUUGGGCCAAGAUGGGCCAUUAGAUCGUUCAGUUUCCUUGGAAUUAUUCUUUUUCAAUACAGUUGCAAGAGCAUUAUCAGGUUGUGCCUAUAUUGUAUUCUCCCUAGCUAUAUAUUAUGGUCCAAAUCAAGAUUUCUAUCCAACCAUCAAAGAAUUAAAAGUAACCAGUUACUUUUUAACUUUACUUUAUGCUGGUGCAUCCUUAGGAACUGCUUUAGUUCAUAUGUAUAUAUUUAAGAGAAUAUUAAAGAAUAUCUAUAAAAUCAAUUUAAUCAAAAGAGGAAUUCAAUUAUGGGGUAGAAGACCUGACGUAGCUUUCUUUUUUAUAACAAACUGUUUUAUAUUACCAUUAGUAGUAUUGUUACAACAAAAUUCAGCAGUAAGUUAUUUACUUACAAAUACAUAUAAAAUCGGAAAUUAAAAUACAACAGAAAAACAAUUAUAACAAUAAAAAUAAUAACAAUACAAAUAAUAAUAAUUAUAAAAUAAAAAAAUAAUUGUAUAUUAAAAAAAAACCUAAAUAAAUUUUAAAUGAAAAUAAUAAAUUGUUAUUUUUAAAAACUUUUAUUUACAUUAG